GAACUCGCAUGAACAUUCAACAUCAUCUGUACACAGGAAGAGCUUGGCGCGAAAGUGGAGCGCCUUUCGUUGUCAAAAGUUGGCCAAUUCGAGUCUACUUCGACAGCAGAAAGUCUCAGGGUUGUUAGGAGCUCCAGAAGUGAGAAGCCUGCCCAAACACAGCUCGAGGUGCGGCAAUUGUGCAGGGUGGUUUGCGCCUGGACCGCUAGGUGAAAUCACAGCCAUGUCGUCGGGUCCGCAGUUCACCGUCACUCUUGACGGGUCUGGGAAGGUUCCUAAGGACAUCUUUCCAAGGAUGGUCGCAGAUGGACCACGGCAAGCAUCGAGUAUCCAGGACAGGCUGGGGUCAAAGAACGGUGCGAGAGUGAAAAGGGCCCGUCAGGAUGAAGCGGACAUCAGCAUCGACGACCGGCGGCGCAGCACGAGCUCUGUUGUGCGGAAGCGGGCGCGCCUCGAUGGCGGGGACUUGCGCCACCGCCUGUCCGGGCCCCCCUCCAUGCCCACCGAAACCUCCGACCUUCGUCAACGCCUCUCAAACCAAGACUCGGGCACUUUUCUCAGGCCCGCGAAAACGGUCGUUCGGCCCUCCUCAGGUUCACGCCAGGUUAGAACUACCUCAGACGCGCCCGUUAGAAGUGCCCUCUACACCGCCCCACAAAGCAGGGUCGCAACUAGCAAAGCCGGCGGGCCAGAUCUGCGCAACCGGCUGAACUCAGUAACUCCCUUACCGACAGCAAUUGCGUCUUCCGUCCCUUCCUUCGCCCCCCGCCGCGCCGCUGCCCCUGCCGCCCAGUCCACCGUAACGGACGUGCGCAGCAAGCCGGUUGCGGCGCCAGCCACCCGCCCGGUGACCGUCCCCCGGGCGCAGCCCGCGGCUCCAGCGCAGAGCCAAAUGCGCCCGGUAGCUGCGCCCCAGGCACAGGGAAAGCUGCGGUCGGAAGUCGUUCUGCCGAGCGGGGCUGUGAGCCAAGCGCCCGCGCCGGGGGGCGUGCGGAGGCUUGCAUCGGUCGUCAAGAAGACGAACCCGGAGCCGGCCCCGAUGGCGGUGGCGCCGGUUGCGCAAGCCGCCGGACCGGCAGGAGCUCCGAAGACCGUGAGGGGCCUCCUGAUUUCCCUUGGCUUAGAGAAGUACAUGGAUAUCUUUGUACGAGAAGAGGUCGAUAUGACAGCGCUCAAGCACAUGGAGGAGAGUGACCUGAAGGAGCUGGGGAUCCCCAUGGGCCCUAGGAAGAAGAUUGUACAGGCUUUGAGGUGAUCAGCUCGCUGGAAAUGGACCUUCGCAAAAAGACAGCGACGCUGCCGUCGCCGGUGUGUGUAAAUGUUUGGCCGGCACCUUGAAGCCCUACGGAGUUACGGUGCUUCACGAUAGGGGAAAUCUUGUCCUUAACACGGGCUAGAAACAGCGGGUGCGUUCGAUAUUGUCUGCGGCCGCCCUUAUGAGGCGUGGAAGGAUAUACCUGCUGAAGAGUUGCAAUUCGGACUCGAGCAGUCGAAGAGUUGCCUCGGCCGAUAUGGGAGAUUCUCGUUGGAAAUGAUCGUAAACUAGCUCGGGCUAGGCGUUCAAGUGCAUAGUGAAUUGAGUCACCGAGGUCUCCCUGGCCAAUGUCCAUUCAACUGGUUCUCACUUGUCCGCUUGGUUUUUGCAAAUGACCGGACAAUGUUUCAGCGGGAUGUUCUGAAGGAAGCUGUGCAAGCUGCCACCUCGUA